GCCCUUCAACAGCAGUUGCUCACUCGGAUGCAGCAGGUCGGUAACAGUUUCUCCAACCAGAGCCCCAGCGUGGCCCUCGCUGAAAGUAAUCCGGUGGCCACACUGCCGGUGCGACUGCUCAGGGAUGAUCAGGUCGCUGUGCAGGGCAGUGAGCAUGCUAAAAGUUUCCAAAUGAAGAUGAAUGCUCAUGGCUUCACCCCUGAGGAGCUGGUGGUGCAGGUGGACGGCCGAAACCUGAUGGUGACCGGCCAGCGGCAGAUAGAGAGUACCGACCCGGUUAGGGGAGGUUACCGCAUGGAACAGAAGGUGCACCGGCAAAUGCAACUACCUCCGGGCCUAGAUCCCACCGCCAUGACCUGCUGCCUGACCCCUUCUGGCCAAUUGUGGGUCCAAGGCCAAACCCAGUCGCGGCAUCCUCCUGAAGCCCUAACAGGAUCAUCAAGUUUCAGAAGCCGUGGCUCUAAGAAGGGUUCAACCUAG